AUGCAUCUAAAGGCUGUGUUUGAGUUAGUGGUGCGACAUCAGUUGUAUGCUAAGCCAUCCAAAUGUGCUUUUGGGGUACAUGAAGUGGAAUACUUAAGGCAUUUUAUUAGUGCAAAAGAAGUGGCUACAGACCCUAUAAAGAUUUCAGCUGUUAAACAAUGGCCUGUCCCCACUACUGUGAAACAGCUAAAAGGAUUUUUAAGAUUAGCAGGUUAUUCCAAGAGAUUCAUCCAAGUUUUUGGUGCAAUUUGUAAACCUCUAAACCAACUUCUCAGAAAAGACAACUUCAAUUGGACAGAUGAAGCUAUAACAGCCUUUGAAAAACUGAAGAAUGCCCUGGCGACUGCACCUGUUCUAGCCAUGCUAGAUUAUACAAAGCCUUUCAUUAUUGAGACUGAUGCAAGUGGAAUAGGCAUUGGUGUUGUCUUGAUGCAGCAGGGGCAUCCAAUUGCCUAUAUUAGAAGGCACUUUAUUGUCAAAACUUACCAGAAGGCCUUGAAAUACCUGCUGGAGCAAAACAUACAUACAGAGUUCCAAGUAGCUGGAAUCUCUAAGCUCAUGGCUUUUGACUUUUCUAUUGAGUAUAAGAAGGGAAAUGAGAAUAAGGCCGAUGAUGCUUUAUCUAGAAAUGAGUUGAGGUGGAAAGGUAGAUUGGUUGUAGGUGCAGACCAUCAACUCAGGCAAUCUAUUAUUAGGUUGUGGCACUCUACUCCCCAGGGAGGUCAUUCAGGCAUGGAUGCAACAAUCAAGAGGCAUAAGUAUGAUGUAUCGGCUUAUCCUGGACUGCUGCAACCUCUUCCAAUCCCUGAAGGUGUUUGGGCUGAUAUUUCCCUUGAUUUUAUAGAAGGUCUUCCUAAGUCUAAUGGCAAAGAGGGUGUCCAAUUACAAAGAUCCACUGCUUAUCACCCUCACACUGGCAGUCAAACAGAGGUGUUGAAUAGAACCUUGGAGACUUAUCUUAGGUGUUUUUGCUCUGACAUCUCUCGCGAUUGGUCAGCUCAUUUACCACUAGCUGAAUGGUGGUAUAACAUUAUAUAUCAUAAUGCAAUCAAAUGCACUCCCUAUGAAGUUUUCUAUGGUGAUAAACCUCCAAUACAUCUUUCCUAUUUGGUUGGAGAAGUUGUUACUGAUAUGGUUGAUCUAUCAUUAGCUGCUAGAGAAGUUGUGAUACAGCUGCUGAAAUUCCAUCUAGCCAGAGCUCAGCAGAGGAUAAAGGACAUGGCUAACAAGCAUAGAAAAAUCUCAGUUGCUUCCAAGCCAUUCAAUAAGCUGGUAGCAAAGUAUUUUGGUCAUUAUCCUAUUACUGCCAAGGUUGGAGUUGUUGCUUAUCGGUUACUAUUACUUGUAGAUGUUUUGAUUCACCCAACAUUCCAUCUGUCUCAACUUAAGAAGUUCCAUGAAGUUCCUACUACCAUGUCUCAUCCACCUGUGAUACAUUUAUCCAGUCCUUACUGUCCUGAGCCUGAAGGCAUCUUGAGCAGGAGGUUGGUCAACAAAGGAAACAAGGUUGUAUGUCAAGUCUUGGUUAAAUGGUCAGGGGUUGAUGUUGCUCAAGCUACUUGGGAGUACCUCACUGACUUACAACAUAGAUUUCCUUCCUUUGCCCUUGAGGGCAAGGGUGUUCUUGAUUAG